GUCACUGAAAAGGUUAGCAGCAAACCAGCUAGCAAGAGUGCGACCCCUGUUCCUGCUGCAGCGCAGAAUGGUCCAAUCCCGCCUGUCGACACCAAACCCUCCGUAUCCGAAGCUACACAAGGGACUACUGCCCCCGCUGCUGCGCCGAAUGUAGCUACCACAAAAGCAGGACCAGGACCAGCCCCUGCCUCCUCGUCAGCAACAGCAACUCCUCAGACGCCGUCUAAGGCGCCACCAUCCGGCCCCAAGAACGAUCGAUUUGUGCCAGCCAUUCCGAUCUCUAAUCCUACCACCAAGCCGGCCACGACAGCUGCUGCCACUCAGUCUGUUGCUAGUGUCGCUGGAGGUGCGACUACUCAGGCCACGGCAUCUCAGGGCACGGCGCAAGCAGCCAUUACGGAAGCUGCUCGUGCUGCAACCGCGGCUGUCGCCGCUGCGAUGGCGAAACUUCCUCAGCCAAAUGCCCAGAAGAAGGCACAACAGAACGAUGCCAAUGUCGAGACGGUUACCAAGAAACUGAAUGACUUGAAAACAUACGAUGGAAACCGGGGCCAUCGUGGUCAGGGUCCGCGAGGCGGUCGUGGAAGUCAUCGCAAUCAGCAUCACGCCCCCGCUAAGAAGAUUGAGGUCCCUGAUACCGACUUUGAUUUUGAAUCUGCGAAUGCCAAGUUCAACAAGCAAGAUCUGGUGAAGGAAGCCAUUGCGUCUGGAUCCCCCAUGCGCGAGUCCGAGGAGAAGGAUGCCAACGGGGCUGGUACCGAAGGCGCCAAAGAAACGAUUCCCGUCCCGACUGCACCUGGACCUGCUUACAACAAGGCCUCGUCCUUUUUUGACAACAUCUCCAGUGAAAUUCGCGAUCGGGAAGAGGGUAUCAGGCCUCGUGAGCGACGCGGGGAAGAGGAAAAGAAGAAUAUCGAGACUUUUGGUCAAGGAAGCGUGGAUGGCUAUCGCGGCAGCUACCGGAACCGUGGCAGAGGGAGGAACUACGGAGGAUCCAGGGGCCGCAGUGGCUACAACCGGAGUUACAACAAUCGCGGACGAGGUGCUUUGCGAGGCGGUCGUGGUGCUUCUCAAGCUACCGGUGUGCCUGCGCAGACUUAA